AUGGCAGGUAAAUUCUUCGGUGCAGCACAAGGACUUCCAUGGAUUAAAUCAAUAUCAGUAUCAAAUGAUGAUGAACAUUCUGAUCGAUUAAAUCAUCGUUAUACUGUUGGCUUUUUACUUGUUUGUGCAAUGAUUGCAACAGGUAGUCCACUUGCUUUAAAUCGAAUAACUUGUUGGGUACCAGCUCAAUUUGUUGGUGCUUAUUCUACAUAUACAAAUAAUUAUUGUUGGAUUUCAAAUACAUAUUAUGUACCAACUAAUAGUACAGUUCCACAUAGUAAACAUGAACGAGAACGUGCUGAAAUUGGUUAUUAUCAAUGGACACCAUUUAUAUUUCUUUUAUUUGCUUUAUUUUUUUAUCUUCCACGUAUGUUAUGGCGUUCAAUGAAUACUCGAUCAGGUGUUGAUUUACAACAUCUUGUUUCGAAAGAUAAACAAGAAAAAAUUGUUCCACUUAUUGAACAAUAUUGUCAACCAUAUGAACGUGAUAAUACUAUUGGUAAUCGAUGUUGUCGUACUUUAUUUUGUACAAGUGGUAAACGUUUAGGAAAUUAUCUUUGUUCAAUAUAUUUAAUGGUUAAAAUUCUUUAUUUAAUUAAUUCAUUUAUUCAAUUAGUACUUAUUCAUGUCAUAUUAGGUCAACCUGGUUGGUUUUAUGGUAUUGAUAUAUGGUAUAGUGUAUUUAUACAAAAUUCUGUUCUGACGGAUUCACCUUAUUUUCCUCGUGUAACAUUAUGUGAUUUACGUAUACGUGAAGUUGGAAAUCUUCAUCGUUAUACAGUACAAUGUGUUUUACCAAUAAAUAUGUUUAAUGAAAAAAUGUUUUCACUUGCUUGGUUUUGGUUUAUUUAUAUAUUUGUCGCAAAUGUUUUAUCAUUUAUUUUUACAUUAUAUCAUAUGUUUAAUUUCCAUAGUCGAUUUACAUUUAUUCGUGAUCUUUAUCGAAAAAGUACAUCAAAAAUAAAAUUUAAUGAUGAUUUAAUAGAAGAAUUUACACGAGAUUUUCUUAUGCAAGAUGGUGUUUUAAUUAUUGAUAUUAUUUAUCGAAAUAAUUCGAUUUUUGUUGCAACAGAUGUUGUUCAUAAUUUAUUAUCACGUUACGAAAAAAAACGACGACAAAGAGAACAAAUACAAGAACCAAUAACAUUUUCACUGAACACUGCUAGUGAUGUUUAA